CACAGAGAGGACGACAAGAUGGCGGAGCGCUAAAUGUGCAUUUUCCUGGUUUCUUCAUCAAAACCGCCAUUUCUUAGACUCCUCCAGCUCGUAGGUUGUACAGAAUGGGCGCGUGGAGAAGGCGAAACCACGGUGGCGUGCGGAGAGAGGAAUGAGAAGAUGGAAAUUUCCUGAAAAUUCCUCGUAUAAAGUGUUGAGAAGGCUCCGCCCCUCAGCUCUCUGAUGAAGCGAAAGGUCAUUGCCCUGGGGAUCAUCAACCUUGUUGUGAUCGGCAUCACGUGGAUGGAAGUACGCCAUGGCUGGACCUCGCAUCCAACUGUCUUCAACGUCUCCUCACACAGAGCCCACAAGUUCCCUGCUAGAAAAGAGAAAGCCGACUCAGGAACGCUGUUCUCAGAUCGCGUACAGCCCUGGUCACUUCUACCGUGGUUCCCUGCCAGGCGAGAGGUACGCAACGAGGCCAAAAUCAUCAAACCUCCGAAGAAGAAACCCGUGAAACACACUCCCGUGUUGGAGGCUUGUCACCCGCAUAGUUACGAAGAUGACUUCCUCGGGUACGGGUACAAGAAGACCACAACAGAAGAAAACGAAUGGAAGUUCAACUACACCGCCAUCGAAGAACUAAGGGAAUCCCUUGAGACGUGCUGCCAUGUUCGAGACCUCUUCAUUGCAACUAGGCAGAAUGUCCCCAAGGGCUCUCUGCUUAGAUUCGAUGGAGACAAGUCUGUCCUAAAGAUCACCCACAGAACAACUGGCCUGCUCCCUCAGAACAGCUCGUUGAGUGGCCAGUUCUUUAAGAGCUGCAGUGUGGUGGGGAACGGAGGGAUCCUCCUGGGCAGUAAGUGUGGGAAGAAGAUCGACGCCUCAGAGUUUGUUAUAAGAUGUAACUUGGCUCCAGUAAACGCGGUGUUCAGUGAAGAUGUCGGGUCCAAAACCUCCCUGAUCACCCUCAACCCCAGCAUCCUAGAGAAAAAGUAUAAGAAACUGAGUGAAAGGGGAGUUCGCAACCUCUUCCUGCAGGACAUCAGUGCAUACAAUGACAGUCUGAUCUGGAUCCCUGCCUUCUCCUAUAGAAGGAACAUGCAGCUGGCAUACUAUGCACAUAAAACCCUGCAGGGUGCGAAUGCCCAACAGAGAGUUGUGUUUCCCCACCCAAACCACCUGCGGAUGUUGGGGAAAUACUGGAGUGACCAGGGACUACCACAGGGGAAGAGACUAUCCACUGGUUUGUUUCUGGCCAGUGCGGCGAUUUCCUAUUGUCAGGAGGUUCACCUCUAUGGUUUCUGGCCGUUUGACCUCAACUGUCAGGGGAACAACGUGACAUACCACUACUACGACAAAGGCUACCAGAGUAGCGGCCACUCCAUGUCGUCCGAAUUUGUACAGUUGCUGAAGCUACAGGACAAGAAGAUUGUACAUAUAACCACGGAAAAGUGUCAGCCUUAACCGUACAACGUGUACACAGCGCCAGUGAGUUACUCAAGAACGUGCGUCUAGAUCUUGAUAACGUUAAAAUGCUGUUAGCUUCAUCAGAUUGAUGAUGAUCAUCAUCAUUCACUGGUUUCUGCAUUUGCAGAGUAUCAUAA